AUCUUCAACUAAAAGCUAAGUGGCUUUGCAAAGUAUAAAAGAGGCCCAAGAAGAAUCAGCCACACAGCAGAAAUCUGCUAAAGAAGAGGAUUUUACGACGAAGAGUGCCGAGGAGACCUAAGACAGAAAAAUGGCAAUUAAGAAGAUAUUGUGCUUCAUCUUGGUUGUGCUUGCCUUGACAUGUCCGGAUGAGAUCACUGGAGAUAAUUCUAUAAAAGCAAAUGGAUCUCCCGUGUGUUUUGGUACGAGAGAUACACAAAUGGGAAAGUUUAAAGUUCCCGUGCAUGGCAAAAUGGGAGGCGUGAGGCUGGUCCACCUGUACGGCUACGUGUCUUGUCACACGCCAGACAAACCACAUUGGUCACCUUGGGGCUGUGGUUCUGGAGCGCACGAGGAGAUCAACGCUGUCAUAACCAAUGACAAAAAUCAACAUCUUUUGCCCCCUACGGAGUUCCUGAGCGACCACCACGCACCAGGAAAAUGGCACAAAAUUCCAGGUUACAACUCACUGAGCCCUGUCAUUGAGCUAAAAGUGUUUAAAGAUCCCAUUAAUGUGAGUGCUGGCCAGGAGCUACGACUGUGGUACGGUGAAGAUUUGACCAACUGGACCGAGCAUGACAACGGGGGAAGAACCUGCGCUGAUGUUUUCAUCCUGUACGUCUGAGAUGGAAUAUUCCAGUUUUAGAAGAUUUGCUUAGAAGAAGAACCUGUAAUAAGGUUAAGAAGAAAUAAACCGAGGGUUUUAAAGGGAAA